CCUUCAGUCCACAGGCCGACGCUCUAUCCAGUGAGCUAAGCCAGCUAAGGCUGUAAGAGUCUUAUUUGUAAAUAAGCAACAACUGUCCCACCAGCACCCCACAACCCAUGGAGCUUGCUUUUCUAGGUCACUCUGGUCCCCCAAACACCACUCUGCCCUGAGGCCUUUGAGUUUGAGAGCUUUGGCCUUCUUGUCCUGAUCCUACCCUCUGUGUGCGGCUCCUUUCUGCGUCCUUCCAACACGUGCCGCCCGCAUUGACCUUUUCCUCUGCCCCCAGGUGGUCACCAUGGGCCAGUGCUACUACAACGAGACCAUCGGCUUCUUCUACAACAACAGUGGCAAGGAGCUGAGCUCCCACUGGCGGCCGAAGGAUGUGGUGGUGGUGGCACUGGGCCUGACGGUCAGUGUGCUGGUGCUGCUGACCAACCUGUUGAUCAUCGCAGCCAUCGCCUCGAACCGUCGCUUCCACCAGCCCAUUUACUACCUGCUUGGCAACCUGGCCGCCGCUGACCUCUUUGCCGGUGUGGCCUACCUCUUCCUCAUGUUUCACACUGGCCCGCGCACAGCCCGGCUCUCGCUCCAGGGCUGGUUCGUGCGGCAGGGUCUGCUGGACACAAGCCUGACGGCCUCGCUGCACAGCCGCCUGCCGCGUGGCCGCGUCGUCAUGCUCAUUGUGGGAGUGUGGGUGGCUGCGCUGGGCCUGGGGCUGCUGCCCGCCCACUCCUGGCACUGCCUCUGUGCCCUGGACAGAUGCUCACGCAUGGCCCCCCUGCUCAGCCGCUCCUACCUGGCGGUCUGGGCCCUGUCCAGCCUGCUCGUCUUCCUGCUCAUGGUGGCUGUCUACACCCGCAUAUUCUUCUACGUUCGUCGGCGGGUGCAGCGCAUGGCGGAGCAUGUCAGCUGCCACCCCCGUUACCGCGAGACCACGCUCAGCCUGGUCAAGACUGUUGUCAUCAUCCUGGGGGCGUUCGUGGUUUGUUGGACGCCGGGCCAGGUGGUGCUGCUCCUGGACGGUCUGGACUGCAAGUCCUGCAACGUCCUGGCUGUGGAGAAGUAUUUCCUACUCUUGGCCGAGGCCAACUCCCUGGUCAACGCUGUGGUGUACUCCUGCCGCGAUGCUGAGAUGCGCCGCACCUUCCGCCGCCUCCUCUGCUGUCAGUGCCUCCGCCGGUCCACCCAGGAGUCUGCCCACUACACAUCCUCCACCCGAGCAGGCGCCAGCACGCGCAUCAUGCUUCCUGAGAAUGGCCACCCCCUGAUGGAUUCCACCCUUUAGCCAACCUUGGACUUCAGCGGGAGGCAGCACGUGCCCGCUCGCACCCCUGACCACUUGUGGACGUGCCCGGUUCAGCCCAAUUUGAAGGACAGAAUUAAAGGCAGACCCUCGGUCUGGAUGCCAGACCUCCGCAGACACACACUACUCUGCCUGCUCCAGGGCCUGGGGGUACGUGGUCAUCUCCAGGUGCCCGGGACAGUGUCAGAUGGGGUACCGGAACUGGCUCUUCAAUCAUCUCAGGUUUGGGGGUUUUUAACAGACAUGUUCCUGUUUUGCUGCACAUCCCUGGUAAACCCUGUGGACUGCUUCCUUAUCCGUGGUGGUGUGUGUUAAAGGUCGGAGAGAUGAGGACUCUCAGGCCACGAUGCCCAAAGUCACAAGGACGGAUCAUGGGUGCACCCUGUGCCUGAGGCUGAUUCUUCAGGGGCACGGAGUUUGUGGCCCCGUGAAGCCUCCGGGCUUGCCCGUCCCCAUUAGACUUGAGGGUACCCACAAGGAGGACAUAUUAAGGAGUAAACUUUUAUUUUUCCUCUGA